AUGGCAGAGCUCAGUCCAGUUGCACUUCUUCCUGGCGGAUGUCAACAGGACUGCGCUCUUCCUGUCAUUAGCCACGCGAAUGUCAUUGUAUACUGCUCUGCAGCAGCUAUCUACAUGCAUACACCAAAUACAAUUACUCUUCCCGCUUCGGCAGGAGCAGCAGUAGGAACAGGAAGAGCAAAAAAUGAAAAUGAAACAUUUCAUAAUUAUCCACUAACUCGUAUUUUUGCCAGCGGCGUCGUUGGUGUCAUUUAUUCCUUUGACUUUAAUGACGAGUACAUGGCAUGCGUCACAAGCACUACAAACACAGUUGUCUGGCGCAUCGCGGAUGGAGAGAAUUUAAAUGACAAGCGUGUGCCGAGUUGUGUUGGUGAAUUUUUCCGGCGUGAGGGUGGCCCGUCGGUGGUGCGGAUAGCUGGAAAAUAUCACAUUCUCUACGGUACAAAAACCGGCUGGGUCGUCUCCGUUAACAUGAACGACGGCACGACCAUGCAUCAACUGCGGCUUUGUGUAACUUACAAGAGUGUCAACUCCAUUUCUUUGUCCACUCCCGCAUCCGUUGCUACCAAAGCUGCUGGCGGUCAUUGGGAAGGCACCGAGACCCAAGUGGGAUACGUGACAGUUGUGGACGUUUCCAUCUCUCGCCCUGAUACCAUUGUUGUCGGCACAUCUGAGGGAUACUUGUUUGUCCUUUCCAUACAUCCAGCCAAUGGUCUACGGCAGACGGCGUCAUUGCGUCCAUUUUCGGCGCCCGCCGUUUUUGAAGAUAAACCCGCGGCCGAUAGUACUAACAACGGAAGUGAUGCUCUCAAUGAAAUGGGGUGCCUCCCUGUUACAGCUAUGGCGUUUGAUCCGAACAAUCCUAAUUUUGUUGCUGUUGGCUCGCGCGACGGGGGCCUCGUUCUCGUUGACAUUGUGUCCACCACCAUUGUGCAGACUUAUGCGGUGAAUGGAGAACCGGUGAUUUCUAUUGCUUGGCUUGCUGGUCAAGCUGGAGAGUUUGUUACAACAGAUGGUGAAUCUUCCAAGCUGCAUGUGUGGUCUGUAAGCACACGCACGGCUGUGGCUGUCUGGCACCCGGUGGCUGGCUGUGCUAUCUUUGGCAUUGCUGCGUUUGCACCGGAGCAUCUUUUUAUUGCACUUCGCAGCGGCAGUGUCGCUGUGUUUAACACACGAACAGGACAAAUAGAGAUGCAGACCGAGGCAGGCCACACGGAUGUCAUGCAUACAUGUCGCUACGCUCAUCACGACAAGGAUCAACUCGCUACUACAAGUACAGAUGGGACGAUACGGCUGUGGAACACAAAACAACUUGUUUUACAAAAUACGCUUGACGUGGGACGUGUAAUAGUGCGCUCUAUGGACUGGAGUCUAUCUGGUAAAUAUCUUGCCGCCGGGCUUAGUAACGGCGAGGUUGUUUGUUAUUAUGUGCAUACUCAACGUGAGCACUGGCGGGUCAGUGUGACAACUGUGAGCACCGUCUAUUUUGUCUCGUGGAGCUGCACAGAGUCGGGUGGUCAUAUUGCAGCCUCCCAUCGUGACGGUCUGGCUGUGAUUUCUGCACGUGAUGGUAAAAUUUUACGUCAUUACAAGACAAAGUCCCCUGUUUCGGGCAUAGAAUUUGACAGAAAACAUCCAAAGCACCUUGCCGCGGCGUGUCAGGAUGGGCAAGUACUUGUGUUUCACAUCAGCUCAAGUCGUGAAGAACCCGCGCUCAUACUUACAGGCCACAUGGAUGCGGCUAGUAGUGUGUCAUAUAAUCCGACUGUACCAAACUUUCUUCUUAGCUGUAGUCAUGACACCACAUUACGGCUAUGGGAUCUUUAUUCAGGAGCAUCGCAUACUGCUUCUGUUUCAUGCCGUGUAUUACGUGGACAUACAAAUAGUGUAAAUGCCAUUGCAUGGUGCAGUAUUGCUCCGUAUAUUGCUCUUUCUGCCUCGUCUGAUUGUACAGUGCGGCUAUGGGAUGUGCGUGGUGGAAGCAAUUUGGCAACUGUUCGUGCUCACAAUGCGGAGGUUAUAGCAUUGAGCACGCAUCCCGAGCGUCCGCUUGUGUUUGCUUCCGUUUCGCAUGAUAACAGCAUCAUCUUUUGGCAUUUGGGACUACUGAGACAAGUGUACCUUGAAGCCGCUCUAGGCAGAAUUGAGCAUUGCAUUGUAUCGGAUGGCGCCUCUCUUUUGGCCAGCGCUGCUGCUUCUUCUUCUUCUUCUAUUGUGGACCCUGCCUUUUUGGUGACCGGUGAUGUCGUGCAGGAGCUAAAUAAGGAGUUGAAAGAAGCGAAUCUCGCGCCGCACAAACGGAUGGAACGACUUGUCCGGAUGUUUGAAUUUCCCUGUGGGGCGGUGGAUUUGGCGCGGGCGGCAGGGUUUUCUGUUGAUCCACAGGACGUAUCCAACGCAAAGUGUACUGUUGUGCCCACCUCACGACUUGUGGAAGUGCAUGGAAAGUGGGGAAAGACCAAUGUGGAGAAGUCACAUGGUAAAACCGUGACGAACGCAGGUGAGGAGUACAAGAAGUCUCGUAUUAUAGAAGCAGCCGAGUUUAUGUUGCAAAUUGGGAAAGUUGCCGAGUAUUGUCAGUUGAUGGCUGAAGUGGGUGAAUGGGACCGUGCCAUUGCUGCAGCGCCUGUCGUUAGCCGCGAUUUCUGGCGUUCACUUUGCCUAAAAGCAGCGGAGACGAUGGAAGCCGCUGGAAACGCACGUGCUUUGCGUUAUUUUAUUAUGGCUGAAGAGAGUGCUCGUGCCGCUCUUCUUGUUUCUCGUCAGUCGAAUAAAAAUUGGGACCUGGCGGCUGUCAUUGCACAGACAUGUCCACAACAUGUUGUGGAUGAGACGAGUACAGAGCCUCCACACAACACGACAGUCGAUACAAACGGUGUCUCUGCUGUUGUGAAAGGAUUGUUAAAUGCCCGAGCCACCGCGUUGGAGAAUGCCAUGAAUCCUCGUAUUGUUGCUGCAACGAAGCUUGCAGAGGGUGCCAAUGAUGAUGCCGUGAUGGAUCUCAUACACAGUGGGGACGUGGUCAUUGCUCACCUUCUUGUUCACACCGUCCCACUGCAGCGUCAGACGACCAUUGAUGCCGGUUAUCGUCUCUCCAUGUUGCUGUCAUGUCGACAGCGCCAGUGGGAUACGGCAUUGAUUUGCGCAACACGCCACUCUAAUCCCCACGAUGGCCUCGCUACCGUCUUGGCUUUUUAUCAAGAGGCUGAAGAGAAGACACGCUCGGUUGACACAAAUGCCGUCCCUGCACCUGUGAACGAGAGGAUGAAAACUUUUCAUGAACAGCUUCUUUUAGAGUGUCAGCGUCUUCAACUACCGCUGGAUGCGGAGAGUAUCCAGCGGAAACACGCCACAGAUGGACUUGGGUCCAUCAAUCAGCUAGCUGCCAUGGCUCUGUCACCAAAGACGCCCGUGGGAACCGUGACGAGUGAGGAACUUCUGCACACGAUGAGCAAUUUUAUAGAUAGCGUUCUUCAGGCGGCGUUACAAGACAUCGACAGUCCCAAUGCCGUCUUUUACUUGAACCAGGCCUUUUCCGCCACGUGUUACGUGAGUCUGCCGAUUCAAUCAGCUUCCAAAGGCGCGAAUUCUACGACGCCAACAGGAUUCUCAACGACGAUUACUGGCAAUGGCACACACUCCGCAGCUGUGCGAAGGUUUCUUGCCCAGGUGUUUCUUCUUGCGGCUUUGAUGUGCGUCAAGGUGUACCGUUUUCCUAAUUUUCUUAACCCCACCUUUACGAAAGCUCGUGAACUUGCAGAGGGUGACAAUCACCUCAUGGUGCUUCUCUCAAAGGCGCAGCAGUCACUUGGGUCUUACUCUCCUCACUCUGUUGAGGUGGGCUGCCCAACACUUGGGGCAUCGAUACCCUUCUAUGAUAUAGAGGAUGGGAUCCAGUUGAAGUCGAUACUGACAAAGGAACCACUCGCUGGAGCGGUGCAUGUUUUGGAGGACGGUGUCUCACUCAUGGGGAAGAGUGAGGCGUUUCAGUGGAUGUUAUGUUGCGCCUUUUCACCCCUUGCGUCAGGGGCUCGGUUCUUACCCUUAUAG